AUGAUCGAUGGCAGUGCUGGAGGUAAUGGUAGCGAAACCGACAUUAUCGGUAGCGCAUCCGAAAUACUUAAAGACCGACUGUAUUUUGCUACACUACGUGUAAAACCUAAAUCAACUGGAAAUACUCAUUAUUUUUGUAUUGAUGAUGAAUUUAUUUAUGAAAAUUUUUAUGCCGAUUUCGGUCCACUAAAUUUGGCUGUUGUUCAUCGAUUUUGUACAAAAUUAAAUAAAAAGUUAAAUAAUUCUACAUUAGCACAUAAACGAAUUAUUCAUUUUACGACAUUUGAUCCAAAGAAAAGAGCUAAUGCAGCUUUUCUUAUAGCUGCUUAUUCGAUUAUUUAUUUAAAACGUACACCUGAAGAAGCAUACAAACCAUUAGUGAGCGGUAUCAAUGCUGCUCAUCCAUUUUUACCUUUUCGAGAUGCAUCACUUGGUUCAUCAUCGUAUAAUCUUACCUUACUUGAUACAUUACAAGGUCUUUACAAGGCUAUGCUUCAUGGUUUUUUCGAUUUUGAAAAUUUCGAUCUAGAUGAAUAUGAACAUUAUGAAAAAGUUGAAAAUGGAGAUCUAAAUUGGAUUGUACCUCGUAAAUUACUUGCUUUUUCUGGUCCACAUGCGAAAAGUAAAAUAGAAAAUGGGUAUCCGUUACAUGCACCCGAAGCAUAUUUUACUUAUUUUCGAAAACGUAAUGUAUCAACUAUUGUACGGUUAAAUAAAAAAAUCUAUGACUCAAAACGGUUUGUCGAUGCUGGUUUUGAUCAUUUUGAAUUAUUUUUCAAUGACGGAAGUACACCCAGUGAUGCAAUUGCAUUAAAAUUUUUGAACAUAGUUGAACAAGCAAAAGGCGCUGUUGCCGUUCAUUGUAAAGCGGGUCUCGGUCGGACGGGUACAUUAAUCGGAGCAUAUUUAAUGAAACAUUAUAAAUUCACAGCAGCCGAAGUUAUUGCUUGGCUGAGAAUAUGUCGACCCGGAUCAGUAAUUGGGCCACAACAAAAUUUUCUCGAAGAAAAACAAGCUUGGCUUUGGUCAUUAGGUGACACAUUUCGAAUUAAAGAUCGACCACGAUAUACAUCCUAUUUUGGUACUAAUUCAUCUAUGGAUACAAUUGGUCUUAAUCCACUUCGUUAUUCCGUUGGUGAUAACAAUAAUCACAAUGAAGAAGAGAAUGAAGGGGAAAUAACACAAGGUGAUCGAUUAAACGAAAUAAAAGCACGUCGUAUGCAACAUCAUCAUCUAACACCAGCACCAACUUGGGCUCCACCAAAUACAAAUGCAACAUCGAGUCUUACUAUCGUCACAAGACCUUUAUUUGCAACAUCGGCCAGUGAUGACGAACAAGUGACAUCACGUCAAGCAUACAAUAGUCGAGUGAAUGCAACUCCUAUCAAUACUGAUGAAUCCUAUGAAUCUACUAUGUUUACAACAGCUCUGUUACACAGAUUCAAUCCUCCGAUAACAUACAAACGUACUUAUACACCAAUGAAUUCAGUAGGGACUAUGCCAGCUCAAAAUCUUCCAAUGACCAUGGGACCAUCAACUGGUGUACGUCGUAGUUAUGGACCCAUGUCAAAUACAUCUUCCAAUAUAAUACCACCUUCGAAUACACGGAAACCGCGUUCUUAUGUAUCAUCAGCAACAUCAAUAAUGAAAACUUCAAUGUAUCCGAGUGGGCGAUAUAUAAGUACAAUAACAAAUAAUAAUAAUAACAAUCUUGGAACAACAUUAACUAUAUCUGAUAGCGAUAAUCGUGAUCCAGUAUCAUCAGCUAUAUUAAAAGUAUCUUCAAAUCAACCAUAUCGUGGUAAAUCCCAAUUAACCAAUACUACUUCAUUGCCCACACAUUCUUAUUAUACACGAUCAAAAUCGUCUUAUUCCAAAUAUUAA